GUUGAAAAUAUUUUCGAUGCUUUAUUCCGCGUAAUUUUUUACUCAUUUUUAUAGGUAUACGUAGUUUUAAGUCUUCACAUUACUAGCAAACCUUGGACCGUUGAAGAUCAAAGGUCGGUCGGUACAAAAAUAUUGUAUAUGCAUAGAAUAGAUGGAUAAAUUGAAGUCCUAAACAUUUCACUCUUUGAUGAUGUGGUAGGAAAAUCAAUGAGCAGUUUCAACAAAGGCCGUAUUAGAUAUAUUAUAGUGUAAAAAAAUAAUUACUCCUUGCAUUUUUAUGUGCACUUACGUUAUUACAAAAUGUCUAUUUAAUCAACUUCAAAAAAAAUGAUGUUAUCAAUUCGAGGUGUGUUUAUAAUUUCGUCGGAAUGGCAUAUUCAUAUGAUUAUGUUGCAUUGUAUGGGCUUCUUAUCACGUGUGCAAAAUUUUAUAUAUGUUUAAAUAUAAAUACCUGGCAUAGAAUAUAAUACCUGGCACCGACAUCAAAAAAAUUGUUGCCGUAUCCGCUUUUGUUUCGAUUUUAUUGAAGAUACAUUUUUUUUGGUAUUAUUUCUUUCUUUUCAGUAGUUAAUGUUUAUUAUUUUUUUUUAUAUCAGUUUUAUUUUUUUCGUUAAUUUCGAAUGGUCCCUUCAAGUCAUUAAGGUUCAAAAUAAGCGAAGAAAAUCGUUAGUUUUAAAAACCAUUUAAAAAGAUUUUUUAAUGAUUUUGAUAAAUAAAAGAAAUGGCAUUAACAAGAAACUACAAAAUAACAUUUGAUUUAUAUGACAAAAGAAAUUGGUAUCAACUGUUUACAUACGAAUGUUCCGUCUUAUCGGAAUGUGAACAUGAUAUAAAUAUGAUGGGAUCGUAGACAAAAUAGUUCUACGUAAUGCAAUAAAGCAACUCUAAUGUAAAUUUAAUAUUUAAUGUCGUGUUUUAUGAUUUAACGCGGCCAUUUUAUAUAUCACAGGUGGUAUCACAUCGUUCUCGGCAAUGAUAAACAACGGAGUCCACGUCAUUAUGUACACCUACUACUUGAUGUCUGCAGAGGGAAGUAUCAAAACUAAGGCUUGUCUACGCAAACAUAAGAAAUGGCUUACUGUUAUGCAAAUGAUACAGUUUACAGUGAUGUUGAUAUACUCAGCUCAAGUGUUCUUACCGAGUUGUCCUGCACCCCUCGGAGUAACAAUAAUGUAUUUUCCAAAUGUUAUUUUCGUUUAUUACAUGUUCUAUGACUUUUUCAAGAAUAACUACAUGAAGGCCGAUGAUGAACUGCUAAACGAGAAUGGUUUAACUUAUGUUAAAAAAGAAAAAUAAUUUUUUCCUUGAUUAAAGUCAAAUCCUAUUGAAAACAGUGUCUAUUAUCUCAUUCAAAAAUUUUCUUCAACAUAACAAUUAUAAGACAAAUUACAAUAUUCCUCUUUUGAGUGUGAAGAAAUUGUAGUAAAAAUCAUAACACUGAUCCGAUUGACUAUUAGGCCUAAUUUCAACGAAGUUUCACCUCAUUUAUGUAAAGUCAAGGCGAACUUGACAGAAACAAUUGUAAAUUAACAAAAAAUAAUUGAUACAUCAUAAUUUUUUUUAUUUUAAUGUUUGUAAUCUCAAAAUGUUAUAAUGAUGGCAAGGAAAAAUUUGUGCUUUUAAUAAUAAUAUUUAAAUAAAGUUAAAAAACAAAACAAACAAAAUUUUAACAUUUUGUUAUUUUUGAUGUUUUUUGAAUGAUGUACACAAAUUCUUAUUGAUUGCAAACUUAUUGUGUUGUUAACUAUAGUUUAUAAGUGUAUAGUUUUAGUUUUGAUAUAUGGUUUUUCACAAAUAAAUAAAAAUGGUUUUGUUCAGAAAUUAUAGCAGCUAAUUAAUGUGAGUCUAAAUACAUCAGUACUGUCAUAACUACUAUUCUUUAAUAGAAUAUAUCUAUGGUAGUUUGUGUAUAAUAUUGUUUAAAGUGGUUAUAAUAGGUAUAUUGAAUUAUCAACCAUAUCAUAUUAUUUUUAUAUAUAUCAUAUGAAUGGGAAGACUUUUGGAAUCAAAAUUACUACAGUAAAAAAUAUUUUUGUCAGCAAAACAUACCUAAAAUGAAUUGUUUUAAUAUUGCUUAUGUGUUCAUAAAGUCCUUUCUCCAAUCAGUUUUGUUAUCAAAUCUAUCUACAUAUGCCAUACUCUUUAUCAGAGUGCAUUAAGUACAAGAGACAAUGUUGAGCAGAUGUUGUUCAUGUUAAUUAUGAAUAUAAAAUAUGAAAGUUUUUUAUAUGAUUCACAUAAUGUCUCCAUUGGGAUUCCUAGUAUCUAAAGUAUCUUAAGAAGUAUAGAUAUUGUAAAUAUUUAUAAUAAAUACGAUGUCUUCUAAGUUAUAAAAUAAAUUAAAUAUCUAGUGUCGCCUGCUUUCUACGUUUAUCUUAGAAACAAAUUCAGUCACUUGAGCUAGCCAUGUUAUUAGUUAAUAUAACACAAUUUGUUAGGGAAUGAAAUAAAUUUAUUUUUUAAUCAUAAUAUUUACUAUGGCAAUUAAUGUUUAUAACCGUGAAUUAGCCGCUACGAAAGGUAGAACGUCACUUACCGUAUAGUAGGAUAGUAAGCCAGCAUUCUCGUCCAGCACGAACCACCGAUAUUGCCAGCCCUUCAUCACAUUUGUCCAUUUACUUAGAGAACCUUCCAUCAUGUUUACAACUCAAAAAUUAAUAUCAAAAGUCAUGAAAAAUAAAAACGACGAAUUUUCACUCUGCAACUCCUUCCAC